AUGAUUCACGCAGAUCGUAUGCCUGCCAAUGCACAUAAAGGACGUUUCAAUGCACCAUCAGCCAACGAGGUGGCUCUGGUGAUUGUAGGACAGCAGUUUCAGCAGAGAGACAUCAUCCUUGAAAGCCGCAAUGCAAAACAGCAACGAAUAAGCGAACUCCAUAGGGCAUACGAUGCCCUGCAAUAUCCUCUCAUGUUUUGCUAUGGGGAAGAUGGAUAUUCAGUUGAUGUACUUCAGCAAGAUACUGCUGAUAAGUUGGGGCCUACUACUAAAUUACCUGUCAAGAAAACUGUUUCUGCAGCUCAGUUUUAUUCCUGGCGUAUAAUGUUACGAGAUACAGAAGAAAAUUAUCUGCUACGCUACUGUGCUCUUCUAAGCCAAUUCUUAGUUGAUGAGUAUGCUAAGAUAGAAACUGAAAAACUGAAUUUUCUCAAAUACAAUCAAAGCAAACUGAGAUCAGAGGAAUACAUUCAUUUAAGAGAUGAAGUAGGAAGGUAUGACGCUGAUCAAAUAGGACGGAGAGUGGUAUUACCAUCAUCAUUCAUCGGUGGACCCCGUUACAUGCACGAACGAGCUCAAGAUGCCAUGUCAUAUGUACGUCAUUAUGGAAGUUCAGAUUUAUUUAUAACUUUCACGUGUAACCCAAAAUGGAAAGAGAUUCAGCGAGAAUUCUAUCCCGGACAGAAGCAUUAUCAACGUCAUGACAUCAUUGCGAGAGUUUUCCAUAUGAAAGUGAAGGAGUUUAUGGAUCUUAUAGUUAAAGGACAAGUUUUUGGUAAAGUUCGGUGUCACAUGUUAUCUGUAGAGUGGCAAAAACGAGGGUUGCCCCAUAUUCAUUGCCUGCUGUGGCUGGAAGAAGCCAUUACUGCUGAUAUGGUUGAUAAAGUUGUGUGUGCUGAAAUUCCAGAUGUUGAUCGUGAUCCCCUUCUCUAUGAUAUUGUUAAGGCCAAUAUGAUUCAUGAGCCAUGCGGAAGUGUAAAUAUAUUUUCUCCUUGCAUGAAAGAUGGUUGCUGCACAAAACGAUAUCCUCGCCCUUUCGUCCAAGAAACGCGGAGGGGACAAGAUGGUUAUCCUUUGUAUCGUAGGAGAACUCCAGAGGACGGUGGUUUCACAGUUUAUCUUAAAGGAUUUCAGUUAGAUAACAGAUGGGUUGUACCAUACAAUCCCGUUUUGUUGCGUACUUUUGAAUCUCAUAUCAAUGUUGAGAUAACGAAUUCCGUAAAAUCCAUAAAGUAUGUUUGCAAAUACAUCACUAAAGGAAAUGAUCAAGCAGCCUUCAUUUUAAAGAAUGAUAAAGAUAUUGAUGAGAUAGAAAUAUACGAAUCUGGCAGAUAUAUCAGCAGUUCAGAAGCAGUGUGGAAGAUAUUGGGAUUUCCUAUUCAUGAGAGAUAUCCUGCAGUAAUUCAUCUUGCUGUGCAUCUGGAAAAUGGCCAACGUGUUUACUUCACCGCACAUAAUAUUCAUAACAAAGUUGCAAAACCUCCAGAGACAACACUUUCGGCAUUCUUCAACCUUUGCAAAAUUGAUGAGUUUGCCAGAACACUUCUGUAUGUUGAAGUUCCUUCCCUUUGGGAAAAGUACAAGGACAGUUUUUCAGAAGACAUCCAGUUUCAGCAUGAAAGACAACUGCAAGACUCCGCUCUUUCAACUAAGGACAAAGCGUACAACCAAUGCUUGAUUCUGAUUGAAGACACUGUUCAGACUCUGGGAGGUCAGCGCUUAAUGGAUUAUGGUUUACCUCAGCCUGAGCGAUUUGAGACUAAUUUGCAAAACAGAGAGUACAUGCGAGAAACAAAUUUUGAUCUUGAAAAUUUGAAGAAAAAAGUACAUAAUGCUGAAGCCUCUCUAACAGGCGAACAGUCCAGCGUAUAUCAAAAGGUCCUCAACAACCUCGAGUCUGGAGACGGAUUAUAUCCUGAAUGUGCUGGCAAAAUUAUUAUACCCGACGCACUCGCUACGGUAGUCACAGAAUUGCCAGAGCUCAUCGCCAAGAUUUAUCCUGAUGUUGCUGAUAUGAAAAAUAAGCCCAUUGAAUGGUUGUGCGAGCGUGCCAUCUUAUCUCCAAAAAAUGAUACAGCCGCAGAAGUCAACAGCAUCUUAUUAAAGUCGUUUAGUGGAGAAGAUAUUUACUACAAAUCUUUUGAUACAACAACAAAUCGUGAUGAUGCAGUGCAAUAUCCAAAAGAGUUUCUUAAUACCUUAGACCCUCCAGGUUUUCCACCUCACCACCUGAAAGGUGGAACACCAGUUAUUAAAAUCGAAGAAACCAAAAUAGAAUGCUGA